AGAUAACAAACAUCAGAACUGUCAGCAUGAAAUUGUCUGUGUUUCUAUCUUUGUUAUUUUUGACAGCUGUUUGGGCUGACACUCCAGCAAACUGUACUUUUGAUGAUAUUAAGGGAACAUGGACAUUUUUUAUUGGUAGCAAUGGUCAUGAUAAUACUGUCAAUUGUUCUAACAUGGGAAAUCCAAAAAGUCAGUUACAAGUGACAUUAUAUUUCCCUGAUGUUGCUGUAGAUGAAUUUGGUAACAAAGGUUUUUGGACGAUAAUUUACAAUCAGGGUUUUGAAGUUGUGAUAUCUGGAAGGAAAUAUUUUGCUUUCUCUAUGUAUGAACAAUCUGGUUCUACUGUAUCUAGUAUAUGUGAUAAAACUCUACCAGGCUGGUCACAUGAUACAUUUAACAGAGACUGGGCAUGUUAUUAUGGUAAGAAAAUAACAUCUGUUCCACCAAAAUAUUACAAAAAAAAUAAACCACAUAGAUUAUUUAAAUUAAACUAUGAUUAUAUCAAUAACAUCAAUAAACAACAGAAAUUAUGGACAGCAACAGUAUAUCCUGAAUAUGAAGGAAAACCAAUGAGAGAACUAUUGAAUAAAGCUGGUGGACCUGCUUCACAAGUAUUUGGUCCAAUCAAAGCAGCACCAGUAACAUGGGAACAACAAAGAUUGUCUGAGACAAUACCUGAACAAUUUGACUGGAGAAAUGUGAAUGACAAUAACUAUGUUUCACCCAUCAGAAAUCAAGAGAGUUGUGGAAGUUGUUAUGCUUUCUCCUCAAUGGCCAUGAAUGAAGCUAGAGUAAGAAUAAUGACCAACAAUACACUACAACCUGUUUUCUCACCACAAGAUAUUGUAGAAUGUAGUGAAUAUUCACAAGGAUGUGCCGGUGGUUUCCCCUAUCUAAUUGGUGGUAAAUAUGCUGAAGAUUUUGGUUUAGUAGAAGAAAAAUGUAAUCCAUAUAAAGGACAAGAUCAUUCCUGUUCAACAGAUAAAACGUGUAAACGUCAGUAUGCUACUAGUUAUAGAUAUGUUGGUGGAUUCUAUGGAGGAUGUAAUGAUGCCUUAAUGAAGAUGGAAAUAUAUAGACAUGGUCCAGUAGUUGUAGGUUUUAAUGUUACUGAUGAUUUCUUUCAUUAUAAAUCUGGUAUUUUUAUACAUACUGGCCUUACUGAUAGAUAUAAUCCAUUUGAAGUCACCAACCAUGCUGUAUUAGUAGUAGGGUAUGGAACAGAGAAAGGGGUUAAAUACUGGAUUGUUAAAAACAGCUGGGGAGAAAAGUGGGGUGAGAGUGGUUACUUCAGAAUCCGCAGAGGUACCGAUGAACUUGGUAUCGAGAGUAUGGCUGUUUCAUCAACACCAAUUUUUUAAAACCAUUGAUUUCUAAUGCGCUACAACUGCAAAAAUUAUCUGUUUUCUGGCAGCUCAAAAUGUUUUCAAAAUACUAAUUUUCAUUUAAAUGGUAAUGGUAAGGCUGUUUCUAUAUUCCUACAGUGUAGCCUGUUAUCCUCUGAAAGCCAAAAAGUCUUUGUACUUAUGGCAUGAUAUAAACAGGCCCCAACAGCAGUAAAUGUUUAAGUAGUCUUGACAUUCUCUUUCAACCAAUUUCUGCUCAAAAUAAGUGUAUUACUAUUUCCCAAUGCUACUCAUACCAUCAAAUUAAAUCAGUAUGUUUUUUCAAAUACUAGCUUAGUACAUUGGUGGUCCAAAAGCAGGACAGACUGGCCAUUACUAGAGUUCAAAAUAAUCAUUUUCAUAAUUAUAUGGAUGUAAAUAGUGUUCAUUUACCUAUUAUUAUGGUGUUCUUCUAUUUUUAUAGAAAUUGUUAAUUAUAGUUGUCAAUUAUUAAAAAUUAUAUUUUACAAUGUU